UCCGUAACACGAUCGUUCAGCAAGUUACUUUGCAGUAUUCUGCCGCCACCUUUUUAUAUGUUCUUGAAGAGAUUCGCGGAUACUCGUUUUUAGCAGAUUGGGGGGACGGCCGUUUGGCCGUCACACAGCACGAGGGAGGAGGAUAUUGAGGAUAAAGCGGGCUACGGAAGCAGUUAAUCAAAGACCAUCUAUUGUGAAGGAAAAGUGAACGUUGUUGGUACAGAAUUUAGCCCGUGUUUAUCGGGAGCGGUCAGCUUGCAGGUCUCUUUCUUUCUGACGUUCUUGUGUUUCGCCACCAUCCGCUGUCUCUCGUUUUGAUCGUCUGGAUAUGGAUGCCCAGUAUCCUUUUGCCUCCCGCGACGAUAUCUGGCGCGUUUUUGAAGAGCUCAAGGAGCUUCACGCCACGCAAUUUGAACAGGCGGAGCGGAUCGCGAGACUAGAGCGGCGAAGGGACGAGGAUGCAAGGUUGAGAAGUGUUUGGGGUCCUUUGUCGCCUUUUCCUAGCUCCGUUGGGGGCACAGUACCCACAGAGCCGGUCUUCCAUACCCCCACGGACGCUUUCAAAGGAUUCGAUCAGGGACACCAUCACGGGGUUGUCACUACAAUGGGUCUCGACAAUGAAGAUGAGCCGCGACGGGGCGCUUCUCGGGCGAAUAGCGUUCGGUUCGAUGAGAGCGCUAUUCACGGGUACUACGGGCAGGCCAGUCGAUCCAACAGUGAGCUGCCGCUGCGGACAGGGAGUGGGUUCGGGAGCCAUCCCCUGACGGAGCGGUCUUUGUCCCAUCGGUCUGAUGGCAGACAAAGCUCCUCCGGACAUUCGCACCACUCGGCUCGUACCAACAGUCUGGGUUUUGAAACAACUAGCAGGAUGAUGAGCUCGGUCGGAUCUCCUCUAAUUCCUCCGCCCGGACUGUUCCUUCUUGGCCCAGUGCCGUGCAUCAUCCGGUGCUGGCUGACAACCAACUUUUCGAACGACUCUCUGCUCUACGCUGCUGUCUGCUCGGGCUCUUAUGCCUCAUCUUUGGGAUACCGGAUGGUCCAGACGCUCGGUCUGGCGGAUCAGGUUCUGGACGAAGGGGAUCUGCAGUACAUCAAACUCUCCAUCUACCUUCCCGAAGCUAGUGUGCACCAGGCCUCUUCCCGGUCUAGUAGCCCUGAGCCUCAGGUCCCUACUUUGACCAUCCGUUUUUUGGUUCGCGAGAUCGACCCCAGCGACAAUUCGAUCCAGAUUGUCCUGGGCAGCGAUGUGCUCCGCUCCCACAAUGCUGACGUCCUGUUUUCACAGGACAAGAUCAUCAUGGUUGACGAUGAAAGGAACAAGGUCUCUAUUCCCCUGGUUCGCCCCGAGGAUGAUUCGGUCUUUAAGUCUCUGUCCACGAUGUCGGAUGCCACCCGCAUCGGACGGAAGACGCGCUCUGUUCAAGAGGACAUUCAGGCGGACACGAACGGCCAUGCGACGUUCGGAGUGAUUGGACGUCCUGUCAGUCUUUCUCGCCGGGCUACCUCCACGUCUGCGUCUGCGAGGGAAUCUCUUGCGGAAUCUGAGGAGAGUCGAAAGGCCCGCCCAGAUACCCAAGAGUCGUCCACGGACACCGACACCCAGAAGGAGCCGAAGUCUGGCGUAGAAACCGACGCUUAUGCUAAUGGCCCGGCACGGGUGGAGGCAGCUGGCGUCUGGGGUUCGUGGAAACGCGAUUCCAAGUCAGACCUGAACGCUUCCACGGCAGGCAAGGCGUCUCGUGGCCGUACUAUGAAAGUACUACGGCCCACGAAGACCUCUACUCGCGCCGCACCGGCCACGACCGUGUCCAGCAGCUCCGGAGCCGACUACGCAGGAACUUCGGUGUCGCAGCCGGCUUCGACGCGUGCAUCGCCCGACGGGACACGGACGAGCAAGCAGUGGCCUAGCAAUCCGGUUGGAGGAGCGUCUGCAUUUGGAUGGCUCAAUACGACCCAGCCAGCCGGGCGUGCAGCGAUGACCCCUAAAUGAAAUAGAUUAGGGCGAAGCGAUUUUGUUUGUAGCUGGCCACGCUUGUCUAGUUGGUGAACAAUAACACAGAUAG